ACACUAAAACCGCAAAUUUUUCCGUUAUCAAAAUUUUAGUUUACAACCAUCCAAAUCUUUUGUAUUAUUCUCACAACCCUCACACAAACGCACCCCGAUGUCUCUCAAGGUUGAGCUGGAAGCUGAUAAGCACACGCAGCAUGUGGCGGAGUUUAUCAAAGACAGACUCUACUUCGCCACGUUCCGCAACAAGACACACAGGAACACUACCGGGGUACAUUACUUCACUGUCGACGACGAGCUUGUCUACAACAACUACUAUGGCGACUUUGGCCCUCUUAGUCUUUCAUCUGUGGUCAGAUUUUUAAACAAAGUAAACUUCAAGCUGAAAUCACCAAGUCUGGCGAGUAAGAUCCUGGUGCAAUACACCUCCCCCAACGAGAAGAAGCGUGCGAAUGCUGCGUUCCUGAUGGCUGUGUACGCGAUAGUACACCUCGACAUGAGUCCUCUGGAGGCGUACAGUAGACUGUCCUCUACCAAACAUCCCUUCCUGUCCUUCCAGGACGCAACAGUUGGAGAUUCAAAGUACAGGAUUCGAUUGAUAGACUGCCUCAACGCAGUUCGUAAAGCCAUCUAUUUCGGUAUCGUAAACUUUAACGACUUCAACCUUGACGAGUAUGAGAAGAUGGACAACGUAAAGAACGGCGAUGUCAGCUGGAUAGUGCCGCAGAAAUUCCUGGCCUUCUCCGGUCCUGUAGACAAACCAACGGAGGACUGUUACCACGCGCCUGAAUACUACAUCAACUACUUCCGGGACAACAACGUCAAAACUGUCAUCCGGCUCAACGUCAAGAUGUACAACGCCUUGUCGUUCACCAACGCGGGCCUAGCACAUUAUGACCUGUACUUUGUCGAUGGCAGUGUUCCUUCCCACGACAUCCUACAACGUUUCUUCGACAUUUCAGAGAAUACAGCUGGGGCUGUAGCAGUCCAUUGUAAGGCAGGGCUGGGUCGCACUGGUUGCUUGAUAGGAGCGUACCUCGUCAAGCAUUAUCGCAUGACUGCCUUGGAGGCCAUCUCUUGGCUGAGGAUCUGCAGGCCUGGCUGUAUCAUCGGCUACCAGCAGUCGUGGCUGGAGGAGCUGGAGCCUUCUCUUUGGAACUGGGGUGAUGCGUUCCGGUUACAAUACCACGGAGGUGCGAAUCGCAUCCCUCACCACAAGUUCGGCAUCUACAGCCACCGCGCGAGCAAGAAACGUGGUGCUGAAACUGAACCAGAAUAUCUUCACGAAACGGAGCAAACUACGCCUAUGGACGUUGACCACCGUAGCUGUAUACACUCUGUGAUAUCCAACCUUCCCAAGACAUUGACUAGCGAGUCGUUUGGAGAGACACAAGGGGACAAACUCAACUCCAUCAAGAAAUGGCGAGACAUGCAGCACAUAAUGUCUCACAAGCCGAAAACAGUGAAAACUGUGAAAGCAGUGAAGUUGACGAAAAAAUAAGGCGUCUCGUCGUGAAGAUAACACAUGUACUUAUUGUCGAACAGGUUUAUUAAAUAAUUGUUUGGACCAACCAAA